GUCCUCCACCGCCGUGGAUGCCGAGCCGAGCGUCUCUACGUGCGGCUACAACCGCAGAGGCUGAAUGAGACGAGCCCGGGGCUUGGGACACGACGAGCCGCUUCUGGCCGCUCGGACAGCUGUGAGGUCGGCGGGCUGGUGUGGAACCAUCGCGGGGUCGACUCCUUGACUCGGUCGGACCUUCAGCUAGCCACAGAAUGAUCGAGGAAGGCAGCAAGCGAGGGAAGGCCAUGGUGGAGAAGAGGCAGCUCUUCAUGGAGAUGAGGGCGCAGAACUUCGACGUCAUCAGGCUCUCCACCUACAGGACGGCCUGCAAACUGCGCUUCGUGCAGAAGAGAUGCAACCUGCACCUGGUGGACGUCUGGAACAUGAUCGAAGCCUUUCGUGACAACGGCCUCAACACCCUGGAUCACGGCGCUGAGAUCAACGUGUCGCGGCUGGAGACCAUCCUGUCUUCCAUCUACUACCAGCUCAACAAGCGGCUGCCCACCACCCACCAGAUCAACGUGGAGCAGUCCAUCGGCCUGCUGCUCAACUUCAUGGUGGCCACCUACGACAGCGAGAGCCACGGCAAGUUGACGGUCUUCUCCAUGAAGUCGAUGCUGGCAACGAUGUGUGGAGGCAAAAUCGUGGACAAGCUGCGCUACGUGUUCUCUCAGAUCUCUGACUCGAGCGGAGUCAUGGUGUUUGCCAAGUUCGAUCAGUUUCUUCGAGAAGUCCUGAAGCUGCCGACGGCGGUGUUCGAGGGUCCGUCGUUCGGGUACACGGAGCACGCGGUGCGGACCUGUUUCCCCCAGCAGAAGAAGAUCAUGCUCAACACCUUUUUGGACGUGUUGAUGGCCGAUCCUCCGCCGCAGUGUCUGGUGUGGCUCCCGCUCAUGCACCGACUCGCCAACGUCGAAAAUGUCUUCCAUCCGGUGGAAUGUUCCUAUUGCCGGAGUGAGAGCAUGAUGGGCUUUCGGUACCGGUGCCAACAGUGCCACGGCUAUCAGCUUUGUCAGAGCUGCUUCUGGCGUGGUCACGCCAGUGGUCCCCAUAGCAACCAGCACCAGAUGAAGGAGCAUUCGUCCUGGAAGUCUCCGGCCAAAAAGCUGAGCCACGCCAUCAGCAAGUCUCUGGGCUGCGUUCCCAUCGGCGAGCCGCCUCAUCCCGUGUUCCCCGAGCAGGCGGAGAGGCCGCAGGAGCUCACGCACACCGUUCAGCCGAAAGCGGUGGCCAACAACAUGAACGACACAAUGCUCAUGUCCUCGGGGGCCCCGACGCCGACCAAAAGCGUUUUAGAGAGCCCGAGUCGCUUGGACGAGGAGCAUCGUCUCAUCGCUCGCUACGCUGCCCGCCUGGCUGCUGAGGCGGGAAACUCCACACAACAGUGUCCUCCGACAGACUUGAGCUUCAACUUUGAUGCCAACAAACAACAGAAGCAGCUGAUUGCCGAGCUGGAGAACAAAAACAGGGAGAUCCUGCAGGAGAUCCAGAGGCUGCGGUUGGAGCAUGAGCAGGCGUCUCAGCCGACGCCGGAGAAGGGCCAGCAGAACCCCACAUUGCUGACGGAGCUGCGGCUCCUCAGACACAGGAAGGAUGAGCUGGAGCGACGCAUGUCGGCCCUGCAGGAGAGCAGGCGGGAGCUGAUGGUGCAGCUGGAGGGCCUCAUGAGGCUGCUGAAGGAUGAGGAGCAGAAGCAGGCCUCCCAGUCUGGAAGCUCGCCCCAUUCGUCGCCCAGUCACGGUGCCGGCUGCUCCAUGCCCAUGCCCAUCCGCUCCACCUCAGCUGGGUCCACCCCCACCCACACGCCCCAGGACUGCCUGGCUGGUGUUGGAGGGGACAUGCUCGAGGCCUUCGCUCAGGGUGUACCUAGAAAUCUGCGCAAUGACCUGCUAGUUGCUGCUGACUCAAUAACAAACACCAUGUCUUCGCUGGUGAAAGAACUCCACUCUGUGGACGACGGGGGAGACGAGGAGGAGACCAACAUGAGGAACGGAGGCACAAUGCGAGUACCGAAGCACUGAGAGGCAGAAGGAGAGAGCGUCCAUCCGUCCGUCCGGCCGGCCCAGAAAAGCAGGUGCACACCAGGAACAAUCAGAAGCAACCGCCCCCACCCCCACCCCCCUCCUCCCUAGACAUUAGCACGUAGAUCAAUGCAUGCUGUAAUCUAACAAGAUUUCACUAUGUGAACAGAAUAUUUCUUCACACCUUGCAAGUUGCAAACAUGUCUGACGACUGAGUGUUUCUCUGCGUACCAAACCUGCUGCGAUCGCUCAGCCAUGUGACCGCAGAGAUCAGCUUGUUGUGUCCCGUUGCAGCAGACAAAUAUGUAUGUAAGAUACUGUAAAAAUGACCUGACCAUGGCAGAGAUAUGGUCUCCUUUCACAGAACUUUCCUCGUCGAUGGUCUUGUUCGUAUUUCUUUUAAUAUGUAUGUCAUUUUUUUGCAUGAAUUGCACUCAUGUCUGGGUUAAAGUACUGUACCAUGUUGGGGUGUUAAACAUUUCGGACUCAGAAACGAGUGUGUUUACAUGCACGUUAAGUCGUUUUCAAAAGUCAAAUGUGACCAGUGAAUAUGAAACUCUCAGUUCUUCCUGAGUGUUUCGGCGUCUAGUGCGUCAUCUUACCUCAGCGUUUCCUCUUGACUUUUCACAUCAGCCGCAGCUUUUCACUACAGUCCCUGAAUGCAUCAACACACAAAAUUGCAAUGCAUAUUAAUACACCAUCUUUGCCGUACAACAAUAUGGUGAAAAACACCAGACAUGGUGGUUCAAAUCCAAAGAUCUUAGAGCGGACAGUGCCAUCUAGUGGGCUUUGAAAACGAGGACUGUUUCAUGAAGCCUCAUCAACCCAUCACUAGAAAUGAGAAUUUUGCUUUUGUUCUUAAACAAGACUGUAGUAUUAAGCACUUUUUAAAUACCCAUUUCUUUGCAUUUGGUAAAGAGGGCCAGUGCUUGACCUAAAGCCUUAGCACUGAAGACUCGGACCAUACACCAACAAAGGAGAACUGAGGGUGUCACCGAACCAGGAGAGAAACACGGACCAAGCCGGAGAAGAAAUCUAAAAAUAUAACUCACGGAAAAUACACCAGUCAUCAAGCACAUCAAUAGCAUCAAAAUGAAGCUGAAAAUAACUAGAGUAAAACACAAAUAAUCAGAGUAAUCCAACGGUCAACAAAGGAAACAGCGCGGCAGUUGGAACUAGCUCGCAGCUAACACGUCAGAAAGCUCAAGGAUCAGGAAACGCAUUGUAAGAACGCAGUCAAGUUAAAGUUAAAGUGCAUGAAAAAUGUCUUUUUCACGCACGACAAACAAGGUGCUUCAUUUGUCCACCAGAAAUCAAACCUCAUUUAAAAUGAACCCAAUAAUAACGGAGAUAGCUUCAAAUGAAACCAAUACAGUGCUGUCCAUUUUUUUUCUGAGUUACUAUUUGAGUAUUACGUCUUCACCGGAGAUUGUUUCAUAUUUACUGCUCAUGAUAACGGUACAAUUGGUCUUUUAUGAAGAAAAAAUAUUGUGAUGAUUAAAAAAAAAAAGUCUAAAGAAUAAUAUGUCAUUGUAAACACACUCGCCGAGUCAUGCUGUGCUGCUGCUGCUGCUGCUGCUACUGUGUGCUAAGUUAGCCACCCUUGCUAAUAAGAGGGCUGCGCGGUUGGCUAAUGAAGAAAAAUAACGAGUUUCUUUCAGAACUGAACCGAGAAAACCCCCCAAAGGGCAUUGUAACACUCACCACAGCACAGUGCCUCCUUCCAAAUACAAGCACUCAGCUGGCACAGUCAGCUUUUAGCAUUUAGCCUAGAGAAGCGCCUCAGGAUGUGUAGCAGUAGGAGUUAGCAUGUUAUGUGGUGGAGAUGAGUAGCUUCAUUAGAGUGAAGGGAUAUUGGUCAAGUGCAAUGAAGGUAGGUGCUCAGGGAAAGCAGAGACGCGUGUAGAUCCUUACGUGAGGUGAAAUAUGGCUCGUUUUCAGUUCCUUCAAGUCUGCUGUUAAACUGUGAGGAACCCAGUUGACAAACAACCACACGUUGUUCAAGGAGGUGUAAAGAAUGUCGAUGAAAACAAGUGCUUUUCGGUGAGGCAUGUUGGAUGUGGUUUGUUUGUGAAGUGCGUUGGAUGUCUCUGUCUGAAAGGAAUCUCGUCCAAGUGUUGUCUUUGGGGUCCGUGUGUUUUCUGUCUUUCGGAGUUGCCAUACACCGCCGAACUCAGACGCAGUGUGGGACCGGCGCGGCUCUAAAAGGAUGUGGCUUUUGUGAACCACAGAAAUACUGGCUCGUCUUAUAAGCUAAAAGGUUUCAAGUACCUUCUUCACUGUGUCCAGACUGAAAACACAUUAUUUUGUUUAUGGCUCUUAAUGUGGUCGCUGUUAUUUGUUUCUCUUCUUGUUCUGACUCUGGUUUAUGGUGUGAAUUUAAUGUGAUGGGUCACACAGGCAUUUGCACUCUCAUUCUUGUCCAAAUGUUAUUUCAAUCGGGUUCUCAUUUUUCAGUCAUGUGACCGCCGUCCUUCAGUGAUACGUGUCAGAGGCUUCUGUCUUCCCCUCGAUUCUGACAGUGCUGUUGGGUGCAGUGUCCAAAAAGUCAGCUUUCUUUUUCGCUCUUGAGUUUGUGCCUGUAACUGUUUCGUAAAGUGCUGUAUGAAGUGACCAUUCUGCAGAUAAGAUUAUCCAACAGCCUUCUGUGUACGGAGUUUCAGUCUGUGACCUUGUAGAGCUUUUAUUUCUAUCUGUGUGGUAAAAGGGAAAGUUUGACGCUCAGCCUUUACAUUUGUGCCAAACAUUCUAUGUGUCAUGUAAUGCACAGGUAUAUAUAUAUAUAUAUAUAUAUAUAUAUAUAUAUACAUAUAUAUAUGAAUUAAGUAUGCUGUCGUGGCCCAUUUUUAAGUCACUGAAUUUCUCUUCAUUUAGUGAUUUUGGUGUGAACUAAUUCAAUACGUAGAGACACAUCCCGAAGGACCUGACGGAGGGGUUUGUUGGGUGGAACAUGGAUCGGUGUUUGCAGGGAGACGACAAUGCUCUGCUGUUGUUAUUUAUAAAUGUAUGUGUUCCGUAUAGUUACGCUUCUAGUACUUUUGUUUUCAGUUAGCUUUUUCAAUCAUCAGUUCAUGUCAGACACACCCACUGUCUUGUAAAUAAAAUCAA